AUGGCUGUGGUCUCCACAGCCAUCAGGCCCCCAGUGAGAGCGUCGGCAGCUGAGGUGCGAGCCCACCCGUUCACUGACGUGACCCUCGACUGCGAGUUCUCCUUUAUAGAGGGCACGGAAAACCUCGAGUUCUACUGGGAGCGAGAAGACAUAAUAGAGGAGUAUGAAGCGGGAAAUCGCGACUUUUACCGCUUCUUCACGCACUACGAUUUCUCUCAAGUUUUCACAAAGGUGGUUUACCAGUUCUACGAUAACGCAGAGCAACUCGAAGAUCAGAACGCCUUGUAUGAGGGAAGGGUCUCUGUAGACCAGAACGAGAUUUCCGAGGGGAUUCUGUCCCUUCUGCUGCGAAACGUGGAUUUCAUGGAUGAAGCCAUGUACAAGUGCUCGGCUGUCACUCCCAACGGCAGAGGGGAGAAUAAGGUCAAGCUGAUAGUGGAAGAUUCUGAAAUGCCCCAGGUGAAGUUUGACAAGAUUGAUGAUGAAGAUGUGGUUACAUGCACAUCCAAGGGCUGGUACCUCACACCCAACGUGACCUGGUUAGACCGGGGAGAAAGGGACCUUAGCAACCACAGUACGGUGGAGGUCUUGGAGGAGCAAAUGAACGGCUUGUAUAGAGUGUACUCUGUCCUCAAAUACCCAGUCAAGUUAAACGAAAAAUAUGUCUGCCAUAUCACGGAGACGAAUGAAAACAACAAACCCAUCAGGUCCAUCCGGCGGUACCCAAAGAAAAGGUUCGGUGAAUAUGACUAUUAAGAGAUCUGAAUGCUCUCUGCCCAAGAACCUGCUGUGCCUUUAGUCAGCGGAGUUCCUGCUUUCUCCUGUGAGGGAUGUUCUUUUUGUCCUGGACACUUACUGACCAUAAACUAAAAUCAAAAAACAAGGAGCCAGUCAGUGCAGAGUGUUACAGAUUAACAGAGUCUUUCUGCUUCUGCAUCUGUUUUUCUCUUUUGUUUAAAAGAUUUGUACCAUUUAGUCUCCUUCUCCGAACAUGUUAAAUUCUGAGUAAAGAUCAAGUCUUUAGUGCAAAACAAAGGAGAUUAAAAUCCAUGUGUCAGUUUCUCUGGGGCGUGCGUCGGUACUGAAUGACUCAGUGAACUCAGAGCAGAGGGAAUAUAUUUCCUCUACGUCAGGUUGGUUUCCUUUUGGUAAUGUGUUAUUUGGGUACUUGGCCAAUCAAGAAGAGCCUAAGAAGUACCUUCCCCCAAAUUAUCAUGAAUGUGUUUGCUAAAGUCCUUUUAUGUGUUAUUGGACAAAGGCUGUAUAAAUAUCAGACAUUAGGUGAGGCUAACUCUUCUGAACUUUUCUGUUUG